AUGUAUUCCUGCGCAAACUAUCCACGUGGUUGCCGAGGCCGUGUCAACCGGCAAGGAGCGAAGUGCUCCGACUGCGUUUCUCUAAACUUGCGCCGUCCUGCUUUUGCUUCGCCCUUCGCUCAACCACGCGAGUACAAGCGCGCGCUGCCCUCAGAGCUCUUUGGCGAGUUUUCCUCUAAAGCCACUGAGCCAGAGCUGUAA